AUGAAUCAAAAUUGUUGUUUCACUGAUUUCACCAAGCAAGUUGCAGAUUUACUGAAGAUAAACCACAUGGAAACAAGUUUGAGUUUGAAGUAUCAGGUACGAGAUGGAUAUCCUGCCAUUAAAAUUGAUGAUGAUCAAAGUCUUGGAUUCUACAUGGAUUUGAAGUCAAGGGAGGUUGAUUACACUAAGUUUCCAGUAUGUGUGAUUAAGGAACAAAUAAAUACCUUGGUUCCUGUUCCACUCCUCAUCAGUGCCGAUCACAGCGAAGUUGCAGGGAAUGAGGGCAUUGUUGCUGCUUUGGACUUUGAUCUUGACUAUGAGGAUUCAAAGUAUAUGAAUUUUAUGGAUUUUGCAAGGGAAGCUGCCGAAGCUAUGUCGUUAGCUGCAUCAAGUGUUGAACAACAACAGAUCACAUACGGAGCUGUUGAUAAGACAUCAGGUCAAAUGCAAUUGAAAACAAACAACGCAUCAGUACUGGAAAUCAAUGCGUCUUGUGAAGAAAACAAUCAAUUUCGUCAAUGGUUGCGAGCACAUGACAAGCAUAUGAAUUUGCUUGAAAUGUCGAUGAAACAAAGGAUGAAGGAUGUCGAAGUUGUGAUCUUACAUCAAAUUCUGUUCAAUCGAGACGAGCUCAAUAAGGAAAAAUAUUAUUCUUUCAAAGGAUACGUGGAUAAGGUGAUGAAUAAAUCAUCUUUGUGGUAUGAAUCAUGUAAAAAUUGUGCCACCGCAGUUGUGAAGACCGACAACGGCAUGUCAUGCAAAAAGUGCAAUAGCAAAAUCGAGGAACCAACUCCAAGGUAUAGGUUGGUAUUAAACGUCGUGGCAGAUACCCACAAUGCGACAAUAACUUUAUUUGAGGAAGCUGCAAUGGUGUACAUUGGGUGUCCGAUUAAUGAUUACAUCAGAUCAAUUGAGCAGUCAACAUUUGAGUUUCAAUUCCUCAUUCCAGUCGAUAGUAAGUCGUUCAACUCAAGAAGAGAAUUCAAUGCGGUGGCAGAGGCAAUUGCAAGGACAAAUGAUGAGGAAAUGAAUGAUAACCAAGAAAAUUCUCUCCAAAGCCCUACUGGUCUGGAUGUGGAUAAAGGCAAUUCGUCAAAGAGGACCACCAUCAGAAAGAAGCGAUCAAUCAACAAGAUAAUAGAAGAUGAAAAUGAUUCUGUUGUUGAAGUUGAAGAUCAUGAGACAAUUAGUAGUAUUAAGAAGAAGUGUGCAAGAAAAAGUACAAAAGCAAAAGGAAGGAAACCAAGUGUGCAAGAAAAAGUACAAAAGCAAAAGGAAGGAAACCAACUCCAAUCGUCAAAAUAA